UGAUUCGCACGAUUACGAAAUAAAACGCACUCACAAGCGUUUGAAGCGCCUGGGGACGCAGAUGAAAAAUAAGCAUGAUUUUGACCAAUUUUAGGCUAGUUUUGCGUAAUUUUCACCAGGCGAAAGAGUUAUAUAGUGGUCUACAGAGCUUGGUACCAGCUGCAAGUGUGACCGGUCAACACACUUGUAAAACAACAACAGCAGUGUUCAGUCAUACCUCACCAAAAUACCUGCAUACAACGUGUGAUGGACUAGUCCGUGUACAGUCGCUAUGUGUUCAACAGAAAAGACAUAUAAGAAAAGUGUACCCAGAUCCAUUUGAACAAGAUCCUGAAUAUUAUUUGCUGCCAGAGGAAAAGACACACCUAGAUUUAAACCAUGUACCAGAUCUUGGACAUCAGGGACCAGAGUUGACAACUAAAGUUGAAGAAGCAGCAAAGGGAGAGAACCUGGGAAGAUUGUUUGCAGUUGUACAUUUAGGAGGCCAGCAGAGGAAAGUAACUACUGAAGAUGUUGUCAUUGUUAAUGGUUUCUUCCCACCACAGAUUGGAGAUAAAAUCAGACUGGAAAAGGUGAUGUUAGUUGGUGGCAAAGAUUUCACAUUGUUUGGAAGACCUAUUUUAAAUCGUGACAUUGUACGAGUUGAAGCAACAGUAAUUGAGAAGACGCUGUCACAUAUAAGACUCCAUUAUACCAAAAUGAAACGAAAGCGCACACUAAAAUUGUAUCAGCAGCCACAGUCUGUGAUUGUUAUCAACAGUAUAGAAGUAGAUCCGUCACCACUAAAAUGAUAUUUUAACAUUUAAGAAACUUAAUGGACUGAAACAUCGAACUAUGUACGAGGGUUUUGGUGCCGUGCUAAGGUUUCGUUGAAAAAUAUUACAUGCAUUAUAUAGAGUAAUUUUGUUAACGACAGGGUUUGUCUGAUGCAGCUGUGGGAAAAUUAUGACCUCUUUAAAAUUAGAUGAAGGCUGUGUAUCAUGCUGUAUAACUGUUGAAAUAGUAUUAUUUGAAUUACGUUACAGAUUUGUUACACCAUUUAAAAGUGACCAGAAAUUGAAAUGAAAAAUGACGUUAUACUGCAAACAUGAUAUUUUAGAGACAUUAUAGUUGGAAUGGCAUGUUUUCAAACCGUCAUGAAGCAAAGUAUUUUGUCAGAUGUUUAGUUUAAAGUUAUUAAUUUCAUAUUUGUUAAAUGAAUGUACUGUGAAAAAAUCUGUAUUUAUGCUCGACUAUUUUUCGGUUAUUUCAUCAAUCCACCGAAUUAAAUCCUAACAAACAA